CAGUGGAAAGAGAAAGGCAGAACUGGCCAGGGAAGGGCCAGCACAGGUAAGAGGGGCAUCAGAAGAUACAACUUGUUGGCAAAUUAUUUCCCCUGAGUGAACUCUGGUGGGAGUGUAUGUUGAUGACGUGGCUCGCUGACAAAUUCCGCUGCCUAUGAAAAAUUGACUUUGUGCAGUAGAGUACAUCACGCUGUAAAUGUUGCUAGUUACAUCAACACAGAGCAUGACACCAAUUUGAAAUGACUGCAGGAUGUUUUCUAAACAUGCGAACAUACAGCUAUGUUUUCUUCACAUAAUCAAUUAUGAAGGCAGGUGCAAUUUAUACAGGCAGAGAAGAAGCUAAGUAAUGUAAGAACUGAAAAUACAAGCUUGUCAUCAGACAUGGAGCUCUUUAUUCUAGAGGGAGAAAUACUUACUUGGAGACAAAAUUGCCAAACAACUUUGUUUUACUUCCAGAGCAUUAACUUUAACAAAGUUUAAUCUCUGGCAACCAGAAGAAUAGGAGUUAAGGCCUGCACACCAGGGCAGAAUUAAGAUGCCUCAAACUCCAAGCCUGCUUUUUGGGCUGGCAGUAGCCACUGGGAAAUGUGCGGGUGUUCCUGCUGAAUUUACUGCGUCACCUGUUCUUUUAGUAAGUGGAAGGAGGAAGUUGCCGGGUUGCGUACAGAAAUACAUUCCUGCUGGAAGCCAGCUGGUGGAAAGCCACCUUUGGGUGGGGAAACAUGAGUUUGCCUGGCCAUGUGGAAGAGAGGACCAGGAGUCUUGUUUCAGAGCUGCAGAUUGUAGGUCAUGUCCUCAGUGCAGCAAAGGAUUUUUGUCUUUUUUUUUUUUUUACCAUGGAAAUUGCCAGCUGGGAUGCUGAAGCAAAAUAUCCAGAAAUCAAGACUCUCAUGGGACCAGAUCCACACUUAAAGUGGAUUGUAUCUGGAAUGGUUUUCCUGCAGUUUCUAGCAUGCUACCUGGUAAAAGACUUAUCUUGGAAAUGGAUUUUUUUCUGGGCUUAUGCUUUUGGGGGUUGCAUCAACCACUCACUGACCCUAGCCAUCCAUGAUAUUUCACACAACGUCGCCUUUGGGAAUAAGCAGACAAAAUGGAACCGAUGGUUUGCAAUCUUUGCCAACUUGCCUAUUGGCAUCCCUUAUUCUGCUUCCUUCAAGAAAUACCACAUCGACCAUCAUCGGUAUCUUGGUGGGGACAGCCUGGAUGUGGACAUUCCCACAGACUUUGAAGGAUGGUUUUUCUGUACGCCGCUUCGGAAACUGCUUUGGCUUUUUUUCCAGCCUCUGUUCUACAGUCUGAGACCACUGUAUGUGAACCCCAAAGCAAUUACACAGAUGGAAAUUUUUAAUGCUCUUGCCCAGUUUUCCAUAGACCUUAUAAUUUAUUACCUUUGGGGGCUCAAACCUAUUAUUUAUUUAAUAGCAGGUUCAAUUCUUUGCAUGGGUUUACAUCCCAUUUCUGGACACUUCAUAGCUGAACACUACAUGUUCUUAAAAGGGUAUGAGACAUACUCUUAUUAUGGACCUCUGAACUGGCUCACCUUUAAUGUAGGCUACCACAUGGAGCAUCAUGACUUCCCCAGCAUUCCCGGAUGCAGAUUGCCAAUGGUGAAGAAGAUUGCAGCAGAAUAUUAUGAUAACCUUCCACAUCACCAGUCCUGGAUUCGGGUUCUGUGGGACUUCAUUUUUGAUGACACAAUUGGUCCUUAUUCAAGGGUUAAGAGACUAUGCAAGCUGGCAAAAGAAAGCUAACAGACUAGCUCUGCCAGCUGCAUUGGUGUUUUGUUUGUUCAUUUGAAUGACUUCUCUGCAAAGUAGGAGGAUGUCUGUGUGUGCUGAAUUAGCAUUGGUGUGUGCUCCUUAGACGAAGAGGAUAAGUAUGGAAAUGAAGCAAUUGGAUGCACUAUUUUAGACUAUUGAUACUUUUUAAUAAAGGAUAUUUGUGUAUGUAACCUUGAGAAACUAGAUUAGAGUAAGCUAUGAUUAUGUGAACUUUUGGCCUAGGCUUAGAAUUAACUUCCUGGGCCACAUGUGCCUACAUCUGAGUUUUGGCCUUAUCUGAAUGUAGAAUGCUUGAUGCGUGUAUGUGUGAGCAUGAGUGUGUGUAGUUUUGGACUGGUUUCCCUUCAUGCCAGGUAAGAUGUAGAUGCUCUGUGUGCACAGGACUGUGGAAGCACGGAGGACUGCCACACAGUAGUAAAAGAUACUUUCUGGAGAACACAAGAGUGCCUUUAGUUCAAUGCCAUAUCUAACCCAGUAUCCUCUGAUAAUUGAUGGUAGCUGAGAUUUUGUAUAUUCAUUGGAGUAUGUGUAUGUUUUUUGUACAUUUGUAUCAUUAUUUCAGUAGCCGCUGUUUGACCUUUACUCCAGGACUUUGUCUAAACCUUUUCUGAAUGCAUUUCUAUUCAUCAGAUAUAACUCAUUGUACCUAACUAGCAGAGCUGAACUGUGGUGUGGAGAAACCCUUCCUUUAGUCCUCUGCUGGCUGCCUCAUCAGCAGCAGGAUGUGCACAUGGAGAAACCAGGCAGUCCUUUCUCACCCACCUGUUCAACAGUGUUCAAAACUUUGUGUUUCUCAUCCGUUUCCUCACUGUAAGUCUGUUUGGAAAUGGAAGGAUUCUCGUUUUAAUUACUGCUUGCCAAGGUUGUUAACAUUCCUGAUCACCUCUCUUGGUCUUCUCUACAUUAUACCUGUUUCUGUGCAUAAGAGUUAGGAGUAUGUGUCAGUGAAGACAUGGAGACAUUACGGUGGUAUUUGUUCCUAACUGCUUUUAGAAUAAUUGGAAGUUUUUUCCUCUGUCAUUCAGGCACACCAACUUGACAUUUGGGAAGCAUGUGGUUCUCCAGCUCUUUAGAAGUUGCCUCUGAUGGUGUUAAAGAGAUACACAUGGAGCUAGGGUUGUUUCUCUCCCUACAUGUCUUACUUUGGGCUACUGACAUUAGCCUUCACCUGCCAUUUCCACCCAGUGGAACAGUUAAAUUGUCCUGCCUGAACUCUCAAACUAUAAACUUCUGCUAUCAUGAAUAAUUCUGUAUCAUCAAAAAUCUUAUUCACCAUACCUUUCUCCAAGCAGAACAGUAUCUUGGGGGUCAGGAAUUCAGAUGCCAUCUAAUAACUUUGCUCCACCCUGGAAAGCUGAUGACUUAUUUCUAUCCUUAGUAAACGGUUAAAAGAGAGUUCUAUAAAGGCCUUCUUAUACUCUAACCCUCUAACAAUUUAACUUUUAUGUUUUCUCCUGGAAAUCCAUGUCUGUAGCAAAGGAAAGGAUUAUAGUGCAUUCUCAUUGGUUCCUCAAAGUAUGUUAUUAGAUCUGGGAAGCCCAAUUUCCUUAAUAUGCAUAAUUUCAUUCUUUCCUUCUACAGCACUGGAUCCAGUAAGCCUGUCUGUUUGCUACCUGGCACAUCAGGCAGCUGAGCUAGUCUGUUCCAAUUCGGGUUCCUCCUCCUCCAUUUUCCCCUUCUCCAUUUUUCUCAUCUGUCCGAUGAAUCUGGUAAAUACACAGGUUUGCUCAGUGGUGCAAGAUCCUUUGUGAUGCAGGGAGAGAAUACCAGUUCAUUCAGAUACUAUUUUGGUCAGUGGGUUGUGCUUCUGGAAAAGAAGAGGAAGACUGGGGCCUAUUCUGACACUUCAGACUUGACUGGUUCUUCAGUGAAGAACAUACUUAAGAUGUUAUAUCUUAAUUAUUAAAGCCUUUUUUUUUUUUUUUUUUCUCCCAGAGGAAGAGGUUUUGGUGUGGGAAUCUCCAUUAACUUCAUUGUAUCAGUGCUCAUGUCAGGAAGCUUCAGGCUUUUAUUAAUUCACUUCAGAGCUGCUGGCACUUCACAAUCACAUACUCAACUUCAUGUAUGCUUCCUGAACUCUCUUGGCUGACUUAGCAAGUUAAUAUAAAAACCACAAUAAAGAUUAUACUAUCUAUCUUCCUCAA